AUGUAUUCAACAUUUAAAUCUCAUAUUGAUGGUUAUGACAGAAAAAGACUACAUUAUUAUGAUAGCAGUGAAAUUUCUAAUGAAACUGAUGAUGGAACAAAUAGUUUUGAUACAUUUGAUGAAUGUUAUAGUGAUAAUUUGAUGAAGUUACAAAUGACAAAAAAUUCAGCAUAUGUGUAUGAAGAAUUUAUUUGUGUCAUACAGUUAAGAAACCCUUCUGAAGAAGUUGGUUUUUCUAUAAGUGAAACAGAAUAUGGUUCAUUAUAUAUAGAAGAUAUAUUACCAAAUACACCAGCACAAAAAUCUAAUUUAAUAGAGGGAGAUGAAAUUAUUGAAGUUAAUACAAUCCCUAUUUAUAAUUUGGGAUAUUAUCGGACAAUUGAUUUGAUAAAAGAGAGCAUUGAUUCUUGUAUCAUUCAACUUAAAAUUCGAAGAAAAUUGUCAAUAAAUAAGAUGCCUCUGUCAACAACUGAAAGUCAAAUUGCAACAGCUUUAUUUGCUGAAGAUCGCCGUCAAAAUAUUAUUAUUGAGGAGACAGCAAAUAGGAUGAGUGAAAUAAUAAGUCCCAGUCAAUGGGAACGUGUCAAAGAGUAUGAAGAUGAUUUGAAGAGGAGACGUGAAUAUACGGAGAGAAAAGAAAAACAAAAUAAUUUUAUGAGAACAUCUAUUCGAGCCUCCAAAAGGUUACAAGCUUUAGAGAAUAAUUCAAAUACACAAUAUAAUAAUAGUAUACCAUCACCAUUAAUUGAGGAGAAAGAUUGCCAUUUUAGUUAUUCUAAUAAAUGUUACUCUCCAGCUGGUAGUACUCCAAGAACAUCUAUUCAUGAACAUAUAAAUAAUAUUAAUAAAGAUACUAAUGAUUGCCCAGAGAAGAUAAUUAAUGAUAAUUGUGAUACUAAUUUAUUAGUUGUUAAGGUUUAUAAACCAGAAGAUGAUUCAUAUUUAGGUGCUACUGUAAAAAAUGAAGGAGAACGUGUCAUUAUUAGUAGAAUUAUUCAGGGUGGAAUAUGUGAAAAGACAAAAUGUCUUGUUGAGGAUGAUGAAAUUAUUGAGGUAAAUGGUAAUGAUAUACGUGGAUUAAGUGUUAAUGAAGUUUCUGACUUGUUAAGGAGAAUUCAUGGUGAUAUAACAUUUAUUAUUCUUCCAUCUCCACGACGGCAAUUGUCAUCUAAUAAUGAAAAUAAUUUAAAAAAUAAUCGUUAUUCUCAUAAAAAUCCAGCACCCGUCAUCCAUCAUAUUCGUGCAUUAUUUGAUUAUGAUCCUGAGGAUGACUAUUUUGUUCCAUGCAAAGAAUUAGCUUUAAAAUUUCAACGUGGUGACAUUCUUCAUGUCAUCUCGACUGCCGAUGAAAAUUGGUGGCAGGCUUAUCGGGAGGGUGAUGAUGCAUCUCAACAAUUAGCUGGUCUCAUUCCAUCAAGUUCAUUUCAAAAACAAGUUGAAAUGUAUAAUAGAGAAUUAGAUAGAAAAGCAAUUGGUGAUGGAAAAAGUACAAAAGGAAAAUAUUUAUUUAAAAAAAAACUUUCAGAUAAAAAUAAAAAAAAGAAAAAAGAUAAGUUAGGUGAUAAGGUUAAAAUUUUAGAUGAAGAAAUGAAUGAUGAUGAAAUAUUGACAUAUGAAGAUGUAUGUCUUUAUCUUUCACGUAGUGGUAGAAAACGUCCCGUCAUUUUAUGUGGUCCUGAGGGUGUUGGUUGUUCUGAGUUAAGACAAAAGUUAAUUGAAAGUGAUAAAACAAGAUUUUCAUGUGCAAUACCUCAUACAACAAGACCAAGACGAAGUGAUGAAAUUGAUGGUAUUAAUUUUCAUUUUAUAACACCUCAACAAUUUAAUGAAUACUCCUCAAAUGGUGUAUUUGUUGAGUAUGGUGAAUUUCAAAAACAUUAUUAUGGAACGAGUAUUAUGUCAAUUUCAAAAGUGAUAUCAGAAAACAAAACAUGUUUAUUAACAUUUAAACCUGAAACAUUAAAAAGUUUACGUAAAACUGAUUUAAUGCCUUUUGUUGUAUUUAUUUCACCACCAUCAUUAAUGCAAUUAAAAAGGCAAAAAGAUAUGAAUGGUCAGUUUGGAGUAAGAGAUGAGGAAUUAAAAAUUAUAUUAAAUGAGGGAAAAAGAAUGGAACAAAAUUAUGGACAUUUAUUUGAUCAUAUAAUUGUUAAUAUUGAAUAUCAAAAAAGUUUAGAGGAAUUAAAAGAAAUUGUCCAAAAAUUGGAUACUGAACCCCAUUGGGUACCAAGUUAUUGGCUUAAUAAUAGAAAUAGUACUUAUAGAAGUAAUGGAAAAUAUAAUGAUCGUGGAAGAAUAGUAUCAUAUUUUGAGGAAGAGGGUAAAAUUCCUUUAUAA